GGACAUGCAUCUUUGAAUUGAUUAAAUAAAAUUUAGUACUUUUUGUUUGUCUUUAAAGCACAAUAACUGACUCUCAUACCCAAAUGAGGAGCUGGUUACAAAAGAGAGAAGCCUGAUAACUAAAGACUCCAAAAGGGACCUGUAGAUCCUGGUAACACAGAGUAAGCUUUUGUAAUGGGACCGUAGAGAGCAAAAUUGUUAACAGAGAGUGAACUGAACUUUGAUGUUCAUGGGUAUAAAGGAUUUUUUAAUGUUAUGAACAGGAUUUUGUAAUUAAAAAUUUUACAUGUAGAUGUAGAGAAAUCCCCCCUUUUACCCAUAUAGAAUGGCAUAACGAUAAACCUCUCUAGAUGACACAAAGGCAUCACACGGGAAAAAUUAGUUUGUAUUUUUGCAACAUAAUGGAGCUGUAGAUGGGUGGGUUAAACUUGGUUAAAACUUAAAAGUUCCUGAUCAUAAUGGGCCAAAAGUUCUGCAGGGAGCCACAGUAAUGCCAUCCAGAAUAACAGACAGAGUUAGAUGUGAACUGUGAAAGAGUUAGAUGGCACUAUCACUCCAUCCCAAUAACAAAUUGAGCACUGCAAAACAUAAAGGUUGGAGCAAAGGGAGAAUUGGAAUUGGACUAGGGAAACACCCUAUGAAUUGUAUAUAGGUGAACAUUUCCAGUGGAAAUUGCUCUAAUCUGCUGGGGCAUGAACUUCAGACAUCAUGGGGUACCCUGUGGUUUCUGGCAAAGUGCUUAGAGUCCUGUGUGUUGAGGAAUGGGGCCUCCCGGGAUAGGGCUUGUUUUGGCACAUCCCAGAAAUGCUCAGUUGGAUUGAAAUCUGGAGUGUUUAAGAGCUGCAUCAGAGCCCUGGGCUUGUUGCUGUGUUCAUCUGCCAUUCAGGGAAUUAAUUAACAUGUAGAAGUAUGCUUAAUCUUCAUUAAUAAUUUACAGUUUCUAAAAAGGUUGUAAAUGUGCCAUCACAUGAAUGCCAGAUCCCAAUUGGUCUGUUGCAGCAAACUUAGAAAACCUGAGCAAGUUGUCCUCUUCAGCUUUAAGCUGACUGGUUAGUUUUAUGAUCAAAUCUUCUACAUUUACAUCUUUUAUGGUGUUUUCAAUAGUCAGUUUAUGUUAUAAUUUCUAUUCUGUUGGAACUAUGAAACAGCUUGCUAUUCUGUAGCAAACAGCAUGGCUGCAUAUUGAUGACUAGAUUAGAAUGUAAAACAUCUGUCUGUGAGGUUUGGAAGGAUUGCAAAUGGUGACUGGGCCUCAACCACCGCAACAGGAAGUUCAUGUCCAUGAGGUAAAAUUGACAUAUGGCCACAGAGGGAUUUAAAACUGGUUUCAGCUGGAACUCUUUUUUGGUAGUUUUUUGUUUUUUACUUUGUCACUGUUGCUGUGACUUAACUCAGCUUGCUUUGGUCAAGUGAUUUAAUACUAUUGUUGUGAUACUUCUUUCCCACUGCAGAUAAGUGAUAAUUGUCUGUUCUGUGCUGAAAAGGCCUUGCUUGGUACAGUACUUGUGACACAUUCUGUUGACCGUUGCUGUGUAAACAAAGCAUCCUCUAUCUUACAAUGUUGAGCUGAUGUCAUUCUCCAGAGAUAUCUGCAGAAAACAUGGAUACAAUGACUAUAGCUGGGGACUUUGACCAUCAAAUAUUGACUCAAGUAAAAUCACCUGCUUAAUAUGGGAAUGGUGUGAGAGAACUGAAGCGCAUUGUCCUUCUGUAUAACCAGUUUGUUAUGUAUGUUUCCUAAAAGGAUUAACAAGAAAGAUUCAUGAUGGAGGAGGGAUACGAGCUCGACCUCACCUAUAUCACUGAACGGAUCAUUGCCGUCUCCUUCCCUCGGGCAUGCUCCGACGAGAUCUACUCGCACAACCUAAAGGAUGUCACGCGGAUGCUCAAGUCCAAGCAUGCAGAUAAUUACCUGAUUAUUAAUCUGUCAGAGAGAAGGCAUGACCUCACUAAGAUGAACCCUAAGACUUUGGACACAGGUUGGCCAGACCUACAUGCUCCUCCGCUGGAUAAGAUCUGCACCAUCUGUAAGGCCAUGGAGAGCUGGCUCAAUGCUGACCCUUUACAUGUGGUCGUUAUACACUGCAGGGGUGGCAAGGGUCGAAUUGGUGUUGUCAUUUCCUCCUUUGUGCAUUUCACUGACGUAUCCGCCAGUGCUGAUCAGGCGUUGGACCGCUUUGCAAUGAGGAAAUACUACGAUGAUAAGGUCUCAGCUCUGAUGACACCUUCCCAGAAACGGUACGUUUGGAUCCUCAACAGUUUGUUAAGUGGAUCCAUGAAGAUCAACGCAUCGCCCAUGUUCUUACACUGCAUCAUCCUCCAUGGGAUCCCAAACUUUGACGCCGCCAGCAGAGUGUGUCACCCAUACAUCAAGGUCUACCAAGGAAUGCAAGCGGUCUACUCCUCUGGAGUCUAUCACAUUGGUUCAGGUCACAGGGACCGUGUGUGCAUCAAUCUGGAGCCCGCUCAGCUCCUGAAAGGGGACAUCAUGAUUAAAUGCUAUCAUAAAAGCGACGUAACCUCAGAGCGCGAGGUGAUUUUCCGCCUACAGUUCCACACGGGAGCAGUACAGGGUUACAACCUAAUGUUUGAAAAGGAGGACAUGGAGAACGCCAACAAGGAUCUCAGAUUUCCAGACUACGGCAAAGUUGAGCUUGUCUUUUCCGAGGGACCAGAAAGAAUCCCAGGUGCUGAAAGGUGGCAAAAUGGGCCCAACGUUAUUGUGGACUACAACACAGCAGAUCCUCUGACCCGCUGGGAUUCGUACAACAACAUCUGUGAUGGUGAAGCGCCACGCUCUCAGGGCCUAAACCAGGACAAAGCAGCUAGCAAGAGGAGCGUUGUCGGUGGAGAGGCCACACUGGGCAGAGGGGCUCGCACGACUUCUACCACCUCCAGUCCUGACCAUAGCGACCAUGCCCUCUCUGUGAGCAGUGACUCAGGCCUGUCCAGCACAUCUCUGUGGACCGAAAGACCCACACCGGUCACCACCAGCAGCAGCACCACUGUGAGGGCUAACCAGGGACCCAGUCAACAGGAGAAGGUCCAGCUCAAACAGCUCCUAAGUGGUUUUGGUCUCGAGGAUCCUUCCUUGGAUGAGAUGGAUGAUCCAGACCCUAAGGUGGCCUUGCAACAGACACUUCCAACACAGUUGCACUUUAAUGGAGACUCCCAACCCAGAGAGAGAGAGACGGACAUCCUUGAUGAUGAAGUCAAUAUGGGUCAUGAUCUUCAAAGUGUGGGCAGCCUAGGAACCCUGUCAUCCUCGUGUCACAAGAGCAGCCAAAACUCCCUGCUGUCGGACGGCUUUGGGGGUCCUGGAUCAGAGGAACAUCACAACCAGCACCACCUGCAUUACACUGCACCUCAACAUGUGGACGAUUUCGAGAGAUCCUUUGCAGAGGCAAGAAGAGCCUUUUUGAGCUCCAGAAGCAACUCUGUGGCUUCCUCUAACCCCAGCAGUGCUCCUACACCAAAGCAGCAUGUGUACAGACAGGGGAGCUACUCCACACAGUCCUGGGUUCGGCAGCAACAGAUGGUCGCUGCACAGCAAUUCAACUACAGGCCAGAGGAUGGGAAUUACACAGAAAGGUUUACUGGGAUCAAAUCUGGGAGCAGUUCACCCAAAGAAGGCCUACCAAACCAAAAACAGAACACCAUCAGGGACACAAAAUUGAACACUGUCAAAAACACAGCACCUUACAAAGAACAGCCAACCACCACCACCACCAACAAUAAUGACAAGCACGAUGAUGAGAUAAAAUCCCUAACAAUGGAUAUUGAUAACUCCAUUGAUCAGCUAAAUCAGCUGAUCAUGGACCUGGAUCCUACAUUUGUGCCUAGAUCAGGCCUCAGCAAGUCCGCCAAGAAGGACGGUGGGGUGCAGUUCAACGGCUCAGUCGGAAAAUGUUCAAACAGCAACGAUGUCAGAUUCAAUGAUUGUAACACGGCAACUCUAAAAAACACGCAACAGACAGCUGCCCAGUCCAACAAUGAGCAAGGUGCCAUCUUGCAGAGUCUGAGUUACCAAGGAAAGGAUGUAAUGGAUCAUCCAGGCUUUUUUAAUUCACGGUGGGGUGACCCAGAGGAGUACAAAGGCCAGCAGACAUAUCCUUCAUGUGUCUCUCAGUUUCAACAUUCCACAUUGUGUAGAAGUGACAGUACCAGUUAUAGAGCCCAGGGCACAGACAACACCAGUGUAAUUGAGGUGGGAACUGAAAUUGCGCCACCCACUCCCGCGUUCCCCAUCUCACCUCCAACACCUUAUGUGAAAACUAUGUCAGAGUUCACUGAAUUCAGGCAAACUCCAUCUCCCAACAUGCAGUCAUAUGGGGGCUUCAAAACAAAUCAAGAACCUCGUGGAUAUUCUAAGGUCAGUCAUGUUGGCUUUGAGACUUUGCCAGAUUCCUCCAUCAGCUGCCACAGGAUGUUAAAUUCAACAUACUCUAACUCCAUUGUUGGAAAUCAUCAGCAGACAGAAAGCUCAUCCAUGAAUCAGUCCUGGCCUGAGCAUCAUGUUCUGACCCGCCACUCCUCCCUGAGUAACUACCCCUCUGCCCGACCGCCACCCCCACACUCAUUGUCUCUGGAUUAUGGCCAUCACUCUCCUCCCUUGCACCACCCUCAUGCCCAUCCUGCCCCCAACGCACACAGCUCUCCAAGAGGCAGCCAGCGAAGCCGUAUGGCUUGCUAUGCCCUCAGCCGUAGUCCUCAAAGCUUUGACGAGCAAGACGGCUCAGUCAAUGGCUAUGGCAAAGACUGUCCGGACAUAGGUAUUGACAGGGAUAUUUUAACCUCGAUGGAAGGCCAGCAUCACUCACAGAUUCCCCAGACACAGUCCCCUCUGCUGCCUGAAAAAAAGAGGGCAUCAGAUGGUGAACAUUCACUGGGAACUGCAUCUCCAGCCCUCAGUGGGUUCUCGAGUCCUCAUAGUGGGAGCUCCUUAAGUAUUCCUUUCCCUAAUGUGCUUCCCGACUUGUCCGCUCAGACACCACAUGCUGCCUCACCUCUGCCAGAUGUACUAGUCAACAAGCAGGUGACGGUAAAGUUUGUUCAGGACACAUCAAAAUUCUGGUACAAAUCGGAUAUUUCCAGAGAUCAAGCUAUUUUAGUUUUGAAGGACAAGGAGCCUGGGUGCUUCAUAGUGAGGGACAGCCACUCCUUCAAAGGGGCAUAUGGUCUGGCUAUGAAGGUGGCUACACCCCCUCCCUCAGUCAUCCAACAGAGCAGAAAAGGAGGUGAUCUAUCCAAUGAAUUGGUGCGCCACUUCCUGAUUGAGUGCACUCAGAAAGGGGUGCGCCUGAAGGGCUGUCCCAAUGAGCCCUACUUUGGAAGUUUAACUGCAUUGGUUUACCAACAUUCGAUCACUCCAUUGGCUCUGCCCUGUAAACUUAUUAUACCUGACAGAGAUCCUCUUGAAGAUGUUGUAGAGAGCAUUUCACAGUCAAUCACUAACUCGGCUGCUGAGCUGCUGAAGCAGGGGGCAGCCUGUAAUGUAUGGUACCUCGGCUCUGUGGAGAUGGAGUCCCUCACAGGGGUCCAAGCAGUGCAGAAAGCCACCAGUAUGACCCUAGAUGCCGACCCUCCACCAAUCCCCACCGUUGUCCAUUUCAAAGUUUCCUCCCAGGGAAUUACUUUAACGGACAACCAGAGGAAGCUCUUUUUCAGGAGGCAUUACAAUGUCAACACUGUGAUAUUUUGUGCAUUGGACUCUCAAGAUAGAACGUGGAAGAAAGAUGGCUGCCCAUCAGCAAAAAUCUUUGGCUUUGUGGCGAGGAAAACAGGCACCUCCAUGGACAAUGUGUGCCACCUGUUUGCAGAACAUGACCCCGAACAGCCAGCGAGCGCCAUUGUAAACUUUGUGUCUAAAGUGAUGAUCGGCUCACAAAGGACUCCACACACCUGAGAUGCGCGCCAGCCACUUGACCAAGAGCGGCCACCACGCAACUGACUGGCCCUAUUGGACAUCCUCCUGUUCAUCAGAACAGUUCUUAUGUCUGGACUGAGAACAUUUUCUUUGUUGUUUUCUUUGUUGUUAAACUAAGUCGCUGAAUCUAGAUGUGACAUCGUCAUGCCUGCUAAACUAUGAGUCCAUUUUUGUUUUUCGCCACCAUCUUGAUUGUCCAUUGCUCCAUUUAAUCAGCCACUCUGAUGUUUGGUUUUAAAACAUUAUUCUAUUAAAAUAGUGUGUUAUUUACACUUCUGCAUUGCACUGAAAGGGCUGUUUGAACAUUCCAAACCUUAUUCUUAAUUACUUUUAAAGCUAAUUUGACCUUAAUCACAAUUCCUCCAAACUAACCUUGGUUCUCAAACAUACUGUAUGACUGCAGGGCAUGCUAUUUGAAAACACUAGUUUGUAUAUUUACUCCUUCAUCUUUUGUUUUAUAUCACACCUCAACAGGCAGGUAUUCAGAAAACAAUAACCGACGGAGACUGAGAGCUGUCAUUUCCUGAUAAUCAGGUGGUGCCCCGACUUGGUAAUUUUGAUUAAAAGUACUAACUUUAUUAAAACUUGCCUUUGGCACUUAUUACUUAUUCAAAGCCAAACCAAACCUAUUGUUGCACAAUAAUUAAGACUGUCACAUACAGUAUGCUUGUCUCAGCAACUUUAUAAUUAACUUCCCAGCUUUUCAACAAUCUGUCCAAGUUUUAUUUUGGCACCAAUGUGGAGGUUGGAGGUCUUGUUUAUCAGGCUGAGAGCACUCAUUGUCAUUCCUCAAGCAUUGAGCUAUGCAGCACUUUUUGGGGCACUUAAUUAGAGGGGCAGGGCUCAUCGUUCCCAUUUGAGGCAGAACAAAGGUUGGUUGACAAAAAUAGAAGGUUCACUCUGGAGCAGCAGUGGGAAAUGAGGCCACUGCUUGGUUUUGUGCAGAGAAACAAAAAAAAAACAAGAAAAGACACAAUGAUACAAGAUGACACAGAGACUACCCAUCAUGAUCAUCAUGCAUAAAAAUGUGACCCAUUAAACAGAGAAUAUGGAAUUACAUAGUUCACGGAUCCCCAGUGUUUCCCACCGUGGCUGUGUCUUAGUGGGGACAUGGUCUGAUAGUCAUAACCCUUUCUGAUGUACAAUUAUGUACAUUAAUGGAAACGGUGUUAACUUACUGAGGAUGACUAAGUUUCUGCAGUACAGUCAGAUAAGCGCAAGAAUUCCUAAAUGUUUAACAGAUCACUGGACAUGAGCCUAUUGUUUUCAUGUUGAAAGGCAACAGUUAAAUGCUCUGUGGAUUACUUAUUUCUUAAAGCAACUACAAAACCUUUGUGACUUACUGCACUGUAGUCGUACAUUGGAAUCCUAUAUGGGAGUCCUAUUUUGUGUUUCAGCAACAAACUACAGAUGAUUAUCACUUAUAAAAUACAUGAAGCACUGCAAGGCCUGCAUCUGUAAAACACUUGCAUGUGAAGAAUGGGCAUCACUUUUUGUGGGGAAAAAUUAUACAUGACUGUGCAAAAGUGCAGGACAGUCUCAAAGAUUUCAUUUUAAAUUUUCACUUCUGCUGUGCUUGAAGAAAUUCAAAUGAUAAAUCAAACAUUAAUUAAGUUACACAUUGUGUUAAAUCAGUAACAGCAGUUUUGACUGAAUGCUUUUUUUUUCUCAGCAUAAUGGUGACAGUUGUACAGACUAGCAACAAAGUGGAAAUGUGUAAAUGCCUGAAAAUGUUAGAACUACAGUAAUUUGGUUGAAUGGAGGCAGGACACAAAGCCCAAAAAGAAUGCUGCCACUUUCAGCCCGACCUGCUGGAUGCUGGGAGUUCCUCUAACUUCACACUCCCCUCGACUUGGGUCCAGUUACAACUUAGGAGUUCCUCGGGGGGCCAAGCCUCCAGAAAUGGGGAUCAUGGCACUUUUACAACCAGACUGCUCCAAAAAUGAUUACCCAACCUUGGAAUAGGAUGAACGGUGACCUCUGGUCUUUAAAAAUCAGACAAUCAGGGCCGUGCACAGACAACUAAAGGGGCAGGUGCUCUAAGUAAAAUAAGGCCACAUAUAACCAGAUUCUAGUAUGGAAUAUUAGCAAGAAUCUCACACAGCCUUUUCAGUUCAAUGUGCUAUGAUAUACAUUGAGAUAUACAUUUGAAACAAAGCUAGGCAAAACUAUAAAAUAUAACAAAACACCAUGCAUAUGUGUAUUGAAUAUUUUAUUGUGAUUAGAAUUUCAGUCUGCAAGACUGUAUAGUAUACUGUAAUAAUAAAGGCCCUUAUAAUAAAUAAA